AUGCCUACGAAGAUCACCAUUUCUCAACAACUGGAUGAGUUCUCAGAGGAGAGUGGGGUUCAGAGGACAAUGCUUGGUUGCGUUCCUAAGGCUGAUGAUUCUGUUUUCAUGGAUGACCUAAAGGGUCUACCGUUGAUGUCGUGUAAAACACAUUUUGGUCCUAAAUGUGAUCAAGGGAUGACAACAUCAUCUGCAGAGGAAAAGGUUAUAGUCAGUUCUGAUCAAGAUAUUAAUAGGAACAAAGAAAAGGUAAUGAGGAUCAUCGGGCUGAAUUUCUUCUAUCAAGUUUUAUACUGCUGUGGUAAUGACAUUUGGCUUAAAUUGAUAAAGUCAUCUGAAUUUCUGCAUCUAUCACAGGCUGCAUUUGUUCCGGGUUCAGAGAUCACACUUGAUACAAGCAUCUUCACAAGCCAAUACUCCUGGAAUACUUCAGAGGACUGUGCUUAUUCACCCAGCGAAUUUGAUGAUUCUAGUGACAGUGGUAGCUUGAGUGGCAGCAGCAGCUGCCAAAGCAAUCGCCAGGAUGAACAGGGAGAUGAAUGCGGAGGUCUUGCUGAGUUUGAGUCUAGUUCAUCUGUCAAUUACUCAUUUAGUAAUUUCUUAUUCAUGAAUCUCUCCCAGCUUGCGUCAAUCAUUUAUGAUUUGCUUUCAAAGGGAUGGAAGGAUGACCCUCAGCAAACUAUGGUGCUUAACUACCCGAUGUUCUCGGCUGAGAAACGAAAGUAGGGUUGAUGUUUGGUCAACAUUUGAACCUUGAGGAUCCCAUUCACCCCAGUAGUUGCUUUGUACAGCCUGUAUAGAGAAGCUUGAGUAGACAAACUGUGGGGAUGUGCUAUUUCCUGAUUUAGGCUAUUGCACCAUAUCCUGGGGCUUCAAUU